AUCUACUCUGUCAGCUGCUGCGGCUGCUACCAUUCUCAGGACCCUCACCAUGAAAGGCCUUCUGUUGCUCACCCUGUCUACUCUGCUCUGCUGGGUCUCAGCUGACAUUCGCUGCCACUCCUGCUACAAGGUCCCUGUGCUGGGCUGUGUGGACCGGCAGUCCUGCCUCUUGGAACCAGGACACCAGUGCCUGACAACAAAUGUGUACCUCGGUAAGAUGUGGGUUUUCUCUAACCUGCGCUGUGGUACACCAGAAGAGCCCUGUCGGGAGGCCUUCAACCAAACCAACCACAAACUGGGCCUGACCUAUAACACCACCUGCUGCAACAAGGACAGCUGCAACAGCCCAGCCCCCCGGCCGGCUCCGGCCCUGGCCCUGGUCUUCCUCACCUCCUUGGCUGGCCUUGGCCUCUGGUUGCUGCACUGAGACUCACUCCAUGGCUGCCCCUCCUCCCACCUGCCUUAGCCUGAGCCUCUCUCCCUGAGUCUCCGUAUCCCCUGGCUUUCCAGUAUGGCCUCUCCCUAGCUCCCUUUACAUUUCCCCAGUCCCUUCACAUUUCUUUAAUUAGACUCUGGAGUGGUCUCCCUAUCCAUCCCUCCCACCCCACACCCUCCACUGUGUUUUUCCCCGAGUCCCUUCCAUUUCCCUCCAGACCAUUCCAGAUCCUCCACUGGCCCCUAGAAGGACUCCCCACUUUGCCUCCUGCACUCUACUGUGCCCUACUUAGGGAGGGAUUGGGAUCUGGGCCUGAAAUGGGGCUUCUGUCCUGUUCCCAAUGAAGGCUCCUAGGAAGGACCUGAUGGCCUCACUGCAUUGGGCUGAUUCCCCAAACCCUGGCUCCCCUACGCACCCCAUCUCCAUACUCAACCUCUUUCCAUUUUGAGUAAUAAACA